AUGGAGAACGUCAUCACCACCAUCAACUUCUGGACCAUCGACAACGUCGUCCAAACAGUCUUGGCAAAUCAGGAAAGACGCGAAUCGAAUGAGAUUGAAGCAGUCAAAGAGUUGGGAGAGAGGGGCUCGGAACCAGCCACUCCUCUCCAGGAUGGAAGCGGAUCGGCCUUCAAGCCGGUGACGACCAAGAGGCAUGUAUUCAAACUGGAGUGGAAGGAACCGGCAGCGGACCCUCCGGUCAAACCGGUGAGCGGAGUGUCGGAGGAGGACAUCCAGAACCUCGUGUUGGCCGCACAAUCCCUUCUCGCUCAAGUAGGACUGCCAGUCAUCCCAGUCGUGUUAAAGCUAGUGGAGAAUCAAAUGGAGGUCGUGGCUGGUGCAGCUCCUACAGCUGAAGAAAACGCUGAAAAGUCCACACAAACGGACAAUAUGGAGGAUGCGGAAAUCAAAAGGCUGAAGGAACGAGGAGUUGGAAAGGCUUCUAGAGGAACAAAAUGA